AUGUAUCCUCUUUUUGGGACAACACUAAUAUUUGAUAGUAAAUAUAAAGCUCAUAAAUUACCAUCUGGAACUCCUUGUUUCUAUUCAUCAGCUAUAUACUUCAACAAAAGCGUCUAUUGCUUUGGAGGGUCUAAUGGUCAAGGGCUUUUAAAUUUAUCUUGCAGAUUCGAUUUAAAUAGUAAUCGAUGAAUUAAAUUAGCACCAAUGCCAAAACCUGAUUGAUAUUGCAAUUUGAUAACAUUUAAUAGGAAUAUUUUGAUUUCUGGGGUGUGGAAUAAAACUAUUUGGCUUUAUUCAGUUGAUAUUGACUCUUUUUCAGUAAUUCCUUAUGAGUUUGCAUGACUGAAAAGAAAGAUAGCAGAGUUGGAGAUAAGUACGUUUGAGAAAGAAUAG